UACUUCUCUCUUUUCAUUUUUUCUUUUGUUUCUGUUCCUCAACUCAAGUGGGUUUUUGUUAGCUCUUCUUUUUAUAUCAAUUUCCAUUAAUGGAAAUUCUUUAGAUAAGGCAGAAUUUUGCAGGUGAAAAAAUUAUCAUCAAGAACUGAUCUUUUAGUGUUUCUUUGAUAACAAAGACAAAAAAAAGUUGUGAGCUUGAUCAUCAUGGCUGUUGCUGAGAAUGCUGACAGCACUGUGACUGUAUUAUCACCAGACUCAAAAGGAACAAACGAUCUUGAAAGAUCAAAACCCAGAAAUGAAUCUGUUGUUGCUGCUGAUGACAGUGUUGAUGAUCAGAGUGUUAUGAGUGAACAGAUUGUGGCAAAAUCUGGUGUUAAUCAUCAGAUGCAAAAGGGUAAACCUAGUAAUGGUUUGAAUGAUAUGAGUGAUUUGGUUGAGAUUUUGUCUAAGUUGAAUCCUAUGGCUCAAGAAUUUGUGCCUCCUUCACUUGUUAACAAUUUGGUUGACAUUUUGGAUAAUGGCUUUGGCUAUACUAACAAUUUUGGAGUUCAGACUAAUCUUGUGAAUGGCAAUGGGAAUAGUAUUAAAAGGAAGAAGAAUAACUUCAAUCAAGGAAGGCGAAGGAUGAACAAUAGGACGAGUUUGGCUCAGCGUGAGGACGUGAUCAAGAGGACUGUUUAUGUUUCUGACAUUGAUCAACAGGUCACUGAAGAGCAGCUUGCAAGUCUCUUUAUUGAGCGUGGACAGGUUGUUGAUUGUCGAAUAUGUGGAGAUCCUAACUCUGUUCUUCGAUUUGCCUUCAUUGAAUUUACGGAUGAAGAUGGGGCCAGAUCUGCUUUAGGUAUGUCCGGUAUGAUGCUUGGUUAUUACCCUUUACGAGUGCUGCCUUCCAAAACUGCAAUUGCACCUGUUAACCCCACAUUUUUGCCAAGGUCCGUAGAUGAACGUGAAAUGUGCGCAAGGACUGUUUACUGUACAAAUAUCGACAAGAAGAUUACUCAGGCUGAUAUCAGGCUCUUCUUUGAGUCUUUUUGUGGAGAGGUUCAACGCUUGAGGCUUCUUGGGGACUAUCAGCAUUCGACUCGCAUUGCUUUCGUUGAGUUUGCAGCGGCUGAAAGUGCAAUUUUAGCACUCAAUUGCAGUGGUGCGAUUCUGGGAUCCUUGCCAAUCAGGGUGAGCCCAUCAAAGACACCGGUUAGGCCUCGUAUUCCCCGCUCUCCAAUGAUCUGAGUCAAGCUUAACACCUCCCUGGACUAAUCAACUGCUGGUAGAUAUAUUUAUAAAUUUAUACAUAUAGAUACUGAAAUAUUUUGAAGGUACUUGUGGCGUUUGUCUAUGUUUUUGUCGUUGCAUCACAGCGCAGCCCGGUAUCUUUGUUCUUGUUGCUAUAGGGGGUGGUUGUUUUCUGGUUGUUCUUAGAGUUGGAUGGGAUUCAAAUCGAGAACAGAAUCUGAACAAAGAUUAAAGAGAUUUAAUUUAGAAAGGAAAUGCUUUUUAUUUGGAAAAAGAAGAGUAAAAGAGCAUAAAUUCAUCA